UAAUGGACUUGAGUCGAGGACGGGUUGUGCAAUGGGGUGACGACAUAUAUCAUCACGAAAUAUAGUGACAUAUUGAUAUACCAGAGAGCAAGAGACUGAAAGCCACACACAUACACAGGAAGGUGUAUACUGUGGGAGAAUGCAGAUUCAUACGAAGUGUCAACCAUGACAGUUAGAGUGACAGGUGAUUGACACUGUCCUCCAACUAUUCCUCUUAACGAGUCAUUCCUUGACGGACUGUCAUCGAGCUCGUCUUAAAUUAAUGGAGGAGCAGGAGUGGUGGUGGCGGUGAUCUCGCAGGUCUGGUGGUGGUCGGCAUGGCGUCCCCCGUCCUGGUGGUCGCCCAAGGCCGUCCUGGUGCUCGUCGUGGCCAGGAACUGCGGGGCCAAGCGCCUACUGUCAUCCCUUCUCUACCAGCAAACCCCUUCAGCGGCUCUCCUCUGCCCGCACUUCCCUUAUGGCGACCCAUGGCGGCCCGUCUACGAUGUUGUCACCUACCUCCCCGACUACAACCACGCGCCGAGGCGACACACCCUCGGCACCUGGCACCCGGAUGCCUUCCCUACCUGGCACCGCCUCUUUUACGAUAGGUUCCAAAAUUUCGGCAACAUGACGAUUAAUUUGUCGACGGACCUCGAUGAUUCGCCGUUGUUCUUCAGGAGGCAAGACGGCAGCGUCGAUGGGGCCAACAAGAGAAUAAUGGAUGUCUUGGCUGCGCGUCUUAACUUCACCUACACCUACACCAAUAAGUCUUCAGAUCGUGAGUGGGGGGACAAGAACGAGAACGGCACGUGGACGGGGAUGCUGGGGGACCUGUAUCGGGGGGACAAGGAUAUGGCGGUCAACUACUUCCUCAUUAUAGAGAAGCGGGCACAUGACUUCCACUAUUCUGUGCCUUACAAAACUGAAGGGUUCGGGCUGAUGUUGAGGGUGCCGCCUCCACUGCCACGUUGGAGGAAUCUGAUGUACCCAUACACGGGCAUGGUGUGGGCGGGGGUACUGGGCGUGGUCAUCGUCGCCGGCCUCACAUUCUACCUCCUCAACUUCAGGAGGUCUCGUUUCACCCUCCUCGUCAGCCUCAUGUCUAUCUUACGGGGUAUAGUGGGACAGUCGCUGACGAAGGUACCUCCAUGGUGGUUGGUGCGGGUCUUCCUGGGCGUGUGGUGGUUCUCCGCCUGGAUCCUCGACAUCUCCUACACCAGUAACCUCAUCGCUGUGUUGACCGUGCCUGUCUACCCCUCCAGGAUCAACACCGUCAGCGAGCUCGCCAACAGCAAACUCAGGCUGUGUAUGCUGGACUACGGCGAGUUCGUUCCGGAGGCGUUGGCCACAUCGACGAAUCCGGUGCUGGCCAAACUUGGCGCCAAACUGGAUCUGGUUCCCCAGAUUCUCAGCGAAGCCUACGGCGGCCAAUCCGGAUGUGUUAAGAAGGUGUUAGCGGGCACCCACGUCCACACCGAGACGUUCUCCUACAUGCUAAACCUCUACACCUCAUUAGGCCACGGUAGCGAGGUCUACACUCUUAAGGACCAGCUGUACGAGGGCAACCUGGUAUUCUUCUUCCGCAAGAACACUCCCUGGAGACACAAGUUCGAUGUGGGGCUCCGGCGGUUGGUGGAGGCCGGCCUCGUCCAAAAGUGGUACUUCAAUAUUAUGGAGGAACUGAAGAAAAAGGAAAGCAAGACCACGAGAUCCGAACCCCGGGCGCUGUCGAUUCGUCAUCUCCAAGGGCCCUUCCUGCUGAUGGCCCUUGGAUCAUCGCUGGCUGCCUUAGUAUUUCUCUUAGAGAAGUUUUUCCACCUUCAGCGCCCUCCGCGCCCGGCCUCACAAGACACGAGACUAAGCAGAGUAGUAAUGGCGCUUCCAACGCCUUGCGCAGUGAAAGGGUUUAUGGAGGACGAUGUAAUGUACAAGCCUCAGGGAAAGGGCGUUUCGAUCUUCAUCUGAUCAUCAUAUUAUGCCUAUAAGUGUUAGUGAGGCAUUGUGUGAAACAAUUAACAUUGUUUUGGGGAAAAAGAUUUUUAUAAGCGUUUAAUAUUAUAUUUGGUGACUGGCUAAACUCAUUUACA